CGUACAAUGUUCCUUUGAGACAUUAUAUAUAGGGAGAGGGAGAGAAACACAUUCAAUAUAUGUUCCCAACAAAAACAAGUAUAACAUGUUAGGGUGGAGACCUUGGAAAACAAGAAUUCCUAAUGCUUUGUCUAUUGUUGAACUUAAGGUGCAUAUGGAUUGUCAAGGGUGUGAAGAAAGAAUAAGAAGGGUCAUCUCCAAAUUAAAUGGUGUUGAUAGUUUGGAGAUAGACAUGGAAAAUCAAAAGGUAACCGUGACAGGAUAUGUAGACAAAAGCAAAGUAUUGAGAAUGGUGAGAAAAACAGGAAGAAAAGCUGAAUAUUGGCCAUUUCCAUAUGAUAGUGAAUAUUAUCCAUAUGCUUCUCAAUAUUUGGAUGAAUCUACAUUUACAUCUUCAUAUAAUUACUAUAGACAUGGUUUCAAUGAGAGUGUUCAUGGCUAUUUUCCUGAUCAAGUUUACUCAACUGUCCCUGAUGAAACUGUUUUUCUAUUUAGUGAUGAUAAUGUAAAUGCACCUUGCACCAUCAUGUAGGAGUGAAUAAUUAAUUAUAUAUUUGUGUUUUUCUAGCAUAUAUAGAGAGCUUAUGAUUGUAAUGUAUGUUCAAAGAAUUAUGUUAUU